AUGGUCAAGCAUGUUAGAGCCUCAGAGAUCGAAGCCUUCAUAAAAGAGCUAUACAAGAAGUGGGAAGAGAAGGAAGGUGGCCAAAAUAAACAAGUAUUGGUUGAUAUGAAGAAAUGGUUUGCAGAUUUAACACUAAAUAUUAUUGUCCGAAUGGUGGCUGGGAAGCGAUACUUUGCAAAUAAAGCCUCUGAUGCAGAGGAGUUGAAGGAAUGGUUAAAGGAGCAUCAGCAGAAGAGAUCAUCUGCUGAUUACUGCAAGGCCAAGGGUGAUGAUCAAGACUUCAUGGACAUAAUGAUAUCAAUUAUGGAGGAUUCAAAGCUUAAAGAUUAUGAUGCUGAUACCAUAAUCAAAGCUACUUGCUUAAUUCUGUUCCUUGUAAAUUUUCUUGAAGCUCAGGUGAAGAGAUUGAUGACGGCGAACAGUAGAACCUCAAAAAAGGUCAGGUUGCUCUUGAUAAAGAAGAAGAAGAUGAUAAAUUGA